GCGCUGCGGAUCUGUUGCGGUGGCGGAGCCUACUCCACCUGCCUGCGAUGCGGUACAAACACCGCACGAAGUGUGUACAGAUUCACUGUCAGACUGCGGGAGGGACCUGGGAGCGGCCACGGGUAACUGGAAAUUAGUGAUACCCACUGAGCUGGGAGGCUCUUGUGACUGCCCCAGCCCAGCUGUCAUCACAAGUCUCUUAUCAUCGUCUAUGCAAGGCUGCUUUAUCACUAGGAGACCAAGAGCUCAAGCAGGGCCUCUGUGUCCUGCUUCUUCUCUGACCUGAGUUGGAUCCAGGACCAGCUGCUGUCCUCCUGUUCCCUCCGACACUGUCCUCACAGCUCCGUCAUGACCCACUUGCUGACAGUAUUCCUGGUGGCUCUGAUGGGCCUGCCUGUGGCCCAGGCUCUGGAGUGCCACGUAUGUGCCUACAAUGGAGACAACUGCUUCAAACCCAUGCGAUGCCCCGCCAUGGCCACCUACUGUAUGACCACUCGAACUUACUUCACCCCGUACCGGAUGAAGGUGAGGAAGUCCUGUGUUCCCAGCUGCUUUGAGACCGUGUACGAUGGCUACUCCAAGCACGCAUCUGCCACCUCCUGUUGCCAGUACUACCUGUGCAAUGGUGCUGGCUUUGCUACCCCAGUGACCUUGGCCCUGGUCCCGGCACUCCUAGCUACCUUCUGGAGCUUGCUAUGAAGAGCUUUGUUCCCCAAACCAGACCCCCUCAAACACAACACUCUUUAAAAAAUACAGUUACCCCCUCUCGCCCACUUGCUUCACCCAACCCUCUUCCCUCUGAGACUCCUCAGCCAUGAGGUUCCGUGGCUGUCUAUGAAAGGACUGAUGCCAUCCAGAUACCUCACUCCAAGGUCAUUUUCAGAAGGCUGAUGUAUGGACCUGGAAUGUGCCCAGUCAUGGGUGGGGCAGGCUCGGCUCCUCCUCUACCCAGGAUUAGGAGUAUCUGGGAGAGUGAUGUUUAUGGGGGGAGGGAUCAUUGCUUAAGUCAAGGAAUACUGGUUUAAUAGAAUUAGUAGCCAAACUCCACCUUCAUAGUGUCAGGACCCUGCCUCAGUCUACCCAGUAGAGGAUAGGUCUCCUGGAGGUGGGGGUGAUAAUGAACUGGCUAGAAGCAGAGAAAGACUCAGCAGAGCUAUCUCCUAAAUCCAGCAGCUUCCCAGGGCAAACAUGAUGUGGAAGCCAUGUGAGGAAGCCCUUGUUGUUCCUACUUAUCUGAGGAACUCUGCCAGACCUGCCCUCAGGAUAGCCAUUGGCCAAGGGUUGCUAGCAACGGCUUCAUUUCCAUAGGCCACUGAGAUCCCUCCAGCCCCAGCUCAGCCAGCCCUUUGACCUCCACUACAGUCCCUCACUCACAUACUGGCUGCUGGGACUUCAGGCUGGCAGGGACAUGCGGGCGGGCGGGUGACCCAUGCUAUAUUUUGUCUGGCCUGCACACUGGCCAGAGCUAUUCUGGGCAUGGCAGGAUGGGAUCAGAGGCAGUCAGAGCAGGUUAGUGGGGUAACUGAGACAGGGACGCAGACUUUAGCCAGACUACCCAGGUCCCGUAGACAGCUCCUAUGUCCUUCAGUCUCUUGGUAAGUUAUUGGGAGACGAGUGUACAGAGAGCCAGCCCAAUCCCUAGGUGACUGCCUGUGACAUCUGUGGUGGCUGAAGACUGCUGGGUAUCAAGUCUCAGGAGAACCCAGCCCAGAUUUAGGAGACACCUUUCAUGCCAUGUAGUUGUCUCUGAGAGCCUUACCCUGCUCUCCAACUAGUACUCCAACUCAUGUGCCACUGAGGAACCCUGCUGAAGCUGGCCCAGCCCAGGGGUCAGAAUGCUGGCCAGUGUCCAUAUAGUGGGAUUACCUAUGGUGAGUCCUAGUGGUCACUAUGUCUCGAAUGUUUUUUCCAGACCUCCCAUGGCAGAAGCUCAGGGACACAGAGGCCCAACCUGGGGACCUUCCUCCCUGUUCUCGGCAGACCUGAGCUCUGUCUGCUGCUAGAGCUGAUGUGCUUUUCUGCCUCAGUUUCCUCCUCCUCUGGGGAUAGGCCACUGGAGGAUUUGGGAGGGGGAGGGCAUUCUGCUGAUAGGCUUGCCUAGAUUCUUAGGCAUAGGAACUGUGGGGCUUUAUUACAUAGGUGAAUUGGGUGGGAAAUGGCUUGGAGCUGAGGAGACAUUGACUACCCUAAGGGAAGACGAGUCUCAAGGAAGGCCAGGAAGGGGGAGAGUGAAAUGCACAUGCACAUGUGCACGCAGGCAGUGGUUACAGAUGGCUGUGGUGUCCCCUGAGGUCUAGGCAGGAUACUGGGAUGAAGCCAGUGCUGCCUGGACCUGAGCUUGCAUGGAACACACACACACGCACGCACGCACGCACGCACACACACACACACCAAGCAGCCAGCAUUGGGGCUGACCUGUGGAAGCCACAGGACACUGGCAAGGAGGGUCAGAGGCAGGCCCCUGACUCAGUGGGUGAGGCCUGGGAAACAUUAUCCUGUUACCCUGCUUGUGCAAGUUCAUUAUCCCCAGUUAGGUGGCACCCUCAGCCAAAACUGGGAGGAGCCCGAGAUCAGGUUCCCCCGCCUACCACAAGGGGGUGAUGUGGUAGAGGCUUGAUUAUCUGUGGCCCCAAAGCAAAGCGCUGCGGCUGCUGCAGUGCUGGGGUCAGCUUCUUUCACCUGCCUCUGGACACCAACCAGAUAGGCCCCACAGUGGCCACACUGCCACUCAGCCCUGCAGGAAGCUCUGUGCCUAGCUAGCCUGUCCUUGGUGCUUAGCAUAGAGCCCCAAAAGGUGCUCGAUUAAUACAGGGCCAAGUCUGCCAGUGGGAGAUGCAGGUUAGGGGAACAGUACCAGAUGGCCUGUCCUGAAUCCUGUCUGGGCUGCUGUGAUGAACAUCUGUCUAGCUCACUGCAGGUGACUCUCCACACUCCACAGCGGUUCUGCAAAAGCAUACGGGGAGGUCAUUCCUGCCCCCCUUUGACAGGUAAAGACACUGAGGCACAGAAGAGUGAGGCACUUCGUUCUCCUCAGCCAUUCGUCUUUCCAGUACCAACCCAUUCAACUACGGGUGCUCCUCCAACGGCUGGGGUUCUUUGAGGCUGUGCACCCAUGAGAUGAUAGUGACUUCAUAAGCCAGAGAAUUUCAGAGUGAAGUGUUGUCAGAGCCUAUGAACCUGAAACUUUAGAUCUGGAGGUCUGAGUGAUUGAGGGGAAGGCCAGGGGUAUCCAGCCCUGAAGAUCCAGAGAAGUACAAAGGAACAUCAGCCUUUGUCAGGGCUAAUGCUGUCAGGGACGAGGGCUCAAGGCCGUUGAGUGUUCUCACACUGUGAUAAACAGUGGCCCCUCAACACUGGGGUGUCCAGGGCGGCUGGCAGCAGUUAUCUAUAGAGCUGCCGUGUGGAAGUGUCUUGGUAGUCACUGGAGAGAGGCUGCUGGACCGCACAGUGAGACACACAUGGAGUGUGUGUACUUCCGUGGGAUUUGAUGAAGCCGGGUCAGCACAUGAAGUCAAAACAUACUUCAGGGCAGAGAGAGGUGUCUGGUCUGGUCCACCAGAGAGAAGCUGUCCAGUGAGAGCCAUGCUCUGCCACCGUCUCUGUGAUUGGCUUCCCCAAAAGCAGAUGAGGAGAGGAGUGGUGCCGAGCACCCACGUCUUCAUCUCCUGCAGCAAGCACAUGAGUCAGCAUUCUGAAACUCUAGAUUUUCAGGAGUAGGGUAGCCCUUUGCUUUGGUGCGUGGUUACUUCCUGGCAAGCACCAUGGCACCCUGUAGCACGGAACGACCUGGGCUCCUCAAGCCCAGACUCAGGUUCCAGCCAUCUCAUCGGUGAAAUGACAGUGACAGUGCCCUCUCUACUGGCUCUUGGAGGUCCCUUGCCUGGGGUCUGCACAGAGGCGGCCCCAAAGGAUGCAUGGAUCUGUGAUGUCUUGCACUUCCCUUGGUUGUGUCUCUGCUAACCCCAAGCUCUCACCCAGCAAGGACAUGAAAUCCACUUUUAUGCCACAUCUCCCUUCUCCCAGCCAGCUCCAUGUACCUCUACUUCAGAGUGGCCCCGUCAAUGUCCAUCCCCCUCGGAAUGAAUAAACAAGUGAAGGAC